CAUUAUAAGGUGCCUGAUGAUAUGGUUGAGCUAGGGAAGGCGGUACUGACUAGGGCUUGUCAGAGGUUGACAAGGCAACAGUGGUACAAUCAGAAGCAUACCCGCAUCGGGCACUUCAAGGCUGAGCAGGGCACGAGGGUCAAGAAAGCUGACAAUAUCAGGGACGAUCCUCAGAUGACAAAGGAAGAUUACUUCAAGGUUAUGCCCCUAUGGUGCGAGAAUAAGGAAGACGCAUUUGAGGCCUUGGUAGCGAGGUGGGUUGGCGAAGACGCCGACUUCAACGCCAAGAGCGCGCGCAACAAGGCAAACCGGGCACUCGGAGGAACACACAGUGCGGGAAGCCGCAACGACGAGCGCUACAGGAAGCACAAGGUACAUAUAUACAUGGAACAACUUGCAUUUAUUUCCCCUCAUAUUACUACUUGA